GCAAAACUUCAUUUGUGCCGGACGAACUCUCUGCCCCGUCUGUCCCGCCUGCGGCCGCUUCCCCUCGCAUCUCCCUCCCUCCCGGAUCUCGCGCGCGGCCCUCAGCCCCAUCCCUCCAGAAGCUUCUAUAAUCCUGUUUCAGCCCGGAUGAGCGGCGGCUCCGGCCCCCUCCCCUACUCGAUGCGCGAUGUCGAUGGCGGCGCCUACGACAACGCCAAGUCCCGCCACCGAUCUCGCCUCAAGAUGGUUACUCAGGCUCUUAUUACUAAGAGUAGCAAGUACCAAUGUGGAAAGUUCACCCUUGGGAAGUUCUUGAGCCUUUUAAUGGUUUCUGGCUUAAUAUACUUGGUUGUGCACAAAAGUUCAGAGGGUUUUGUAUCCGGUGAGCUCCAUGACAAAGAAGUUGGGAGUAAACAUGCCAGUAAAAGUUCUCCCAAUAUUCGUACAUUUUGGAGAAAACCACCAAGGCUACCUCCGCGUCUUCCUCCUAAUGAAAUAUAUAAAAAUAGUUCAGUACUUAACCAGUCUCCUUCGUCUGAAUGGACAUCCAGGCAGAAGAAAGUCAAAGAAGCAUUCAAACAUGCAUGGUCCGGGUACCAAAAUUAUGCAAUGGGUUAUGAUGAGCUUAUGCCUUUGAGUCGCAGAGGUAUAGAUGGAUUAGGAGGUCUAGGUGCUACUGUUGUGGAUUCUUUAGACACUGCAAUAAUAAUGGGCGCUGAUGAUGUUGUGUCUGAAGCAUCAAAAUGGAUUGAAGAUAAUCUAAUGAAAAAGAUCAGCGAGAAGGGACAGGUCAAUUUAUUUGAAACUACUAUCCGUGUCUUGGGGGGACUUCUUAGUGCGUAUCAUUUGAGUGGUGGAGACCAAGCAGGAGGAGGUGAUUCCGGUAUACCAGUAACACCUAACAAGACUAAUACAGACCGUAUUUUGGAAAUCUCAAAGGACUUAGCAGACAGAUUAUUAGUAGCUUUUACAUCAAGCCCAACAGCUAUACCUUUUAGUGAUGUUGUUCUUCGUGAUCGCUCUGCACAUGCGGCUCCUGAUGGCUUAAGCAGUACCUCUGAGGCUACAACACUGCAAAUGGAGUUCAGUUACCUUAGCAGAAUAUCCGGAGAUUCAAAGUAUGACAUGGAGACAAUGAAGGUGCUAGAGCAUAUGCGAAAACUGCCAACAGUGGAGGGUCUUGUGCCCAUUUACAUCAAUCCCCAUUCUGGUCAAUUUAGUGGAGAAAAUAUUCGACUAGGAUCUCGUGGUGACAGUUACUAUGAGUACCUAUUAAAAGUUUGGGUUCAGCAUGAACAUUAUCGUAACACUAGUUUGAAGUACCUAUUUGAAAUGUAUACGGAAGCGAUGAGAGGGGUCAAGCAUCUUCUUGUUCAAAAAACUACUCCAAAUGGAUUGGUUUUUGUUGGGGAGCUUCCCCAUGGGCGGAAUGGUGCUUUUAGCCCUAAAAUGGACCACCUGGUUUGUUUCCUUCCUGGUACCCUUGCUCUGGGUGCAACAAAGGGUAUCACCAAGAAGAAGGCUGCCGAAAGUAAUCUUCUAACUAACGAAGACAUUGAAAAUCUACAGCUUGCUGAAGAUCUGGCUAAAACUUGUGUUCAAAUGUACUUUGUGACAUCUACUGGACUUGCUCCUGAAAUUGCUUAUUUUCACACCGAGGGGAAUCCUGAAGGUGGGCCUGAUGGUGGGAACAGAAGUUCUCAAUAUAUUAGUGACAUCACAAUCAAGCCACUUGAUCGUCACAAUCUUUUACGCCCAGAGACUGUGGAAUCGUUAUUUGUUUUAUAUAGAAUCACAGAGGAUCCAAAGUAUAGGGAGUGGGGUUGGCAAAUUUUUCAGGCCUUUGAGAAGUAUACAAAAGUUGAUUCUGGUGGUUAUACAUCAUUGGAUGAUGUCACAAGCUUACCUCCUCCUAGGAGAGACAAGAUGGAAACUUUCUUCCUUGGUGAAACAUUGAAGUACUUGUAUUUGCUGUUUGGUGAAAGCAAUAUUCUUCCACUAGAUAAGUAUGUAUUCAAUACAGAGGCUCAUCCACUUCCGGUCAUUCGGUCUUCAAUACAGGUCUCAAAUACCGUAUAGCUUCCAACACUGGUGUACUUAGUGUACUAUUAUUAUAAAAGUCAACUAACAGAAAUGUGAGAAAUGCGAGAAAUACGUUUGCGGCCAGCCAGGCUGGAACAGUGAGAGACAAUUAUAUACCAGUAGCCUUCUGGAUGCUUGUGCUGCACAUGCUUGAAGCGGCGUCAAGAUCAUUCUUGGAAGCAAGCUCACAGAUGUGUCAUCUUAAUAGUUGGAUCUGGAGAUAUGUACUUGUAUUUGUUGGAAGGUCGUGAAUCUUCUCUAAACUGUGCAAUCCAAAACUUACAAUUUUGAAAUUAAUUAGUGGUAACAGCAAGGUUUUAUCUCCGGCACCAAGCUUGUAUCUUCAUUAUAUAUACAAUCAUGUGUCAUCCAUUCCACCCUCUUAUUCAA